AUAUGUUUUUAUUCCUUCUAAUAAAUCAUAAAAAAAAGUUCGUAUACUUUUAUAUGUUUUAUUUAUAUGUUACAUAUUAUAUACAGUUAAAUAAUGAGAAAUUUAAUAGUGACACAACGUGCUAGUCGCGCUUUAAAUAUAUUAGAAAAUCAAAUUUCAAAUUUGAAUGACUUAAAAGUAUUAUAUACUUUCAAUUCAAAUAAUGAUGAUUUUUAUAUACUUUUAAAAAAUAAGUUAUAUAAAAUUCCAUCGAAUCAUAUAGAAGACAUAAGUUCUUUUACUUUUGAUGAAGAUUUAGAAUUCGUUAGUUUGGAAUAUUGUAGCACAUCGCAAGUAUUGUACGGUGCCUGUAAAUCCGGUAAUAUUAUAAAAAUAAAUAUAGAAUCCGAAUUUAAAUAUGAAUCGAUAAUUCAUUUAGACAUAAAUUUGCAAUGCAUGAAAUUAAGUCCUGAUCACGAAAUCAUUAUAUUAAUUACAAUUAAUGAUAUUAUGAUUACAAUGGUAUCUUCUACUUUUCAAAUAAUAUCAAAGAUAGAUUUACAUGCACAAUAUUUUGGUCAUAAACAAUUUGUAACUGUUGGUUGGGGUAAGAAAGAAACCCAAUUUCAUGGAUCUGAAGGAAAAAAUGCAGCAGUUGUUAAAAUAACAGAAAUUAAUGAAAAUAAUCUGGAUGAUGGAAUGUGUAGAAUCACUUGGCGUGAGGAUGGUUCAUUAUUUGCAAUUGGUUUUUUACAUCAUAAAAUUAGACAAUUUAAAGUAUUUAAUAGAGAAGGUAUUUUACAAUAUACCAGUGAAUUUGUUAAUGGUUUAGAAGAAUCAUUGUCAUGGAAACCAUCUGGUAGUUUAAUUGCAUCAACACAGAUAUCACAAAAUAAACAUAUUGUUGCAUUCUUUGAGAAAAAUGGUUUAAAACAUAGAGAAUUUUCACUUCCAUUUAAACCAAAAGAAAUUAAAGUAAAUGAUUUAUUUUGGUCUCCAGAUUCAGAAAUUUUGACUAUUUGGUAUCAAAUUCAAAAAGAUUCUUCUUCAGUUUUACAAUUAUGGGUGGAAAAUAAUUAUCAUUGGUACUUGAAACAAUCUAUUAACUUUCCUAUGAAUAAUUCAUUAAUAUGUGUAACAUGGAGUGUUACAUCCUGUUCUAAAAAAUUGAUUUUUUUAACAUAUAAAGAACUUAUUACUUGUGAUUAUAAUUGGUCUGUUGAUCAUAGUAGAGGCACAACUAUACAUGAUAAAUCUAUCAUUGGUGUGAUUGAUGGAAAUAAAUCAUUAAUGACUGGUUUUAGAAUAGGAAUUGUGCCACCACCAAUGGCACACAAAACUUUAGAAACUGAUGAAUUCAUAAAUGCUCUUGUUUUUGCACCAAAUAUAAAAAGCAAAACUACUUGGAUAGAUAGUAACACAUUUUUUUGUGUUUCUGCCAGUAAGAAAUUAAUAUUUUAUAAACAUUUAAUGGAUUCAUUCUUAUUAGAAUAUGAACAUAUAGGAACAUAUGACAUUAAAUGGAAUGUUUCAUUAGAAUGUGAAAAUUCCUUCUAUAAUAUGCAUCAUUUUUUAUGGCUUGAUGAAACUCGUGUUUUAUGUUCAUUGUCAAUGAAUGAUCAAAGUUUUCUUUGUGUUUUAAUAUUAGAUGCAAUAAAAGAUCCAAUUCAAGGACAAGUAAUAUUAAGACAAAUAUAUAUUAUGGAUAGUUUAAUUCAACAUAUAGUUUCUUCUCCUGAUCCAAAAGAAGCAUAUAUAAUUGUAGAGAAUUCUAUUGUAAAAUAUACAAAAGAAACAGAACUAAUUCCAAUCAAUAUACAAUUGCAAGAAUAUACAUAUAAAGUAGAAAUUGUGAAAAUUGAUACAAAGCAUGCAAUAUUGUCAUUAUAUCAUAGGAAUUGCUUUGCAAUUAAUGGAGAACAAAUUGCUAAUAAUAUCACAAGUUUUUUUGUUCAUUCAGAAUUUUUAUUACUCACAACUACACAAAAUACUUUAAUAUGUGUUAAUUUAAAUGAGAAUGAUUUUAAAGAAUUAACAAAACAGAAUUUAACCAUAAAGCCAUGGGAAAAUCAUCUUAAUGAAAAAUCGUUUUCAAAUUUAAAUAUUAGAAGAUUAGAAAGAGGAUCUCAGUUAAUUGCUGCUAUUCCAAAAGAUUCGAAAACUAUUUUACAAAUGCCUCGUGGAAAUUUAGAAUGCAUACAACCAAGAGCAUUAUCUUUACAUAUUAUUGGAUUUUAUUUAGAUAAUUAUGAUUUUUUAUCUGCAUUUAAUUUAAUGCGAAAACAAAGAAUAAAUUUAAAUUUGAUUUACGAUCAUAAUCCACAAAAAUUUAUCGAAAAUGCAAAACAAUUUGUUGAACAAAUUUCUAAAGCAAAUUGGUUAAGCUUAUUUUUAUCUGAGUUAACAAAUGAAGAUAUUACUACAACAAUAUAUGCAAAUUAUUAUCGAAAAUAUCGAUUAAAAUCAAAUUGUGAGAUAAGUAAAAUCGAAUUAAUUUGUAAUUUAAUAAGAAAUAUUAUGGAAGAAAGAAAUAAUAAUAAUCAGUUAAUUCAACCGAUAUUAAUCAGUUUAGUAAAAGAUAAAAAAAAGCAAGGCAUGGAAGCUGCAUUAUUAAAGAUAAAAGAAAUUCAAAAGUUAGAAGAAAAAGUAAUAAAAAAUGAAAAAUAUAUAAGUUCUGAUGAAGCUUUGAAAUAUUUAUUGUACAUAGUAGAUGUAAAUGUUUUAUUUGAUAUAGCUUUAGGAAUGUAUGAUUUUGAUUUGACCAUGUUCAUUGCAUCUAAAUCACAAAAAGAUCCUAAAGAAUAUAUUCCAUUUUUAAAUAACUUGAAAAAACUUGAUGAGAAUUAUAUGAAAUAUUCUAUUGAUUUACAUCUGAAACGUUAUGAAUCUGCUCUUGAACAUAUUGCAAAAGAAUCAAACAGAUUUAACGAAUGUUUAAAUUUAAUAUGUAAUUAUAAUUUGUAUAUAAAAGCUUUAAAAUUAUUUGACAAAAAGAGUGAAGAAUAUAAGGAAAUAGCCAAAAUUUAUGGGGAAUUUUUUUUAAAGAAACAACAGUAUCAAGAAGCUGGCAUCAUGUUUCAUAGGAGUGGUAAUUUGAAAGAAGCUUUAAAUGCUUAUAAAUUAUGUGGUAAUUGGCAAGAUGUUAUUAUUUUAUCUACUCAAAUAAAGCUAAGUGAUAUGGAAAAACAUGUGCUUUACAAGGAUCUCACAGAAAAUCUAAAAAAUAAUAAGAAAUAUGAAGAAGCUGCACAUAUUUUAAUGAAUUAUUUAAAAAACACAGAAGAAGCUAUAGAUUCUUUGUGUAAUGGUAAAAAAUGGAAAGAUGCUAUAAAAUAUGUAUAUGAUACCAAAAAUCUAGAUUUAAUUGAAUCUCGUAUAAAAUCCAACGUGUACGAAUAUGCAGAUCAUGCAAUAUUUCAAAUAGAAAAAAAUAAACAAGAUUUUCAACGAUAUAAAUCGCGACUUAUAAUAGUCAGAAACAAUAUUUCUCAAAAGAAUUUAAAAUCAUACAAUGAAAUAAUUUGUGACAAUGAAUUAAUAUGUGCUAAAGGCAUUUCAGAUAUUCUUAGUGAUACAAGUAGUAUUGCUUGUUCAACUUUAAGUCAAAAAUCGAAAUUAUCUACUUUAUCUGGAAAAAGCUAUAGAUCGAGUAAAAAUCGUAGAAAACAAGAAAGAAAAUUAUUAAGUUUGAAAGAGGGUAGUAUAUUUGAAGACCUAGCAUUGAUACAAACUUUGUAUCAAAUUAUUACCAAUAUAUACAAAGAACAGAAUGAUAUAUACGCAUUAAUACAAAUACUUGUUUAUUUUGGUGAUGAUGAAUAUGCUGAAAAAAUACAACAUUGUAUGGAAGAAUUACUUCUAACUAUAGAAAAAAGUAAAUCUGAAAUUUGGAAUAAAUCUGCACCUUCAAGCCUAAUAGAAAUGGAAAAUGCAGAAUUUAUAUCUACGGAUUCGCAAGGAUUAAGUGUUUGCCAAAAACUGAUCGAAUCUUACGUUAUACGUCCACCUGAAUCUAAUUCUUCACCUUGGAAAUUGAAUAUAUUUUAAUAUUUAAUUAUAAUAAAUAUUU